AGCAAACAGUUCAUGCACAUCUUCAAUUAAAAAUAUCACGUCUAAACAUGAGGAGAGUUCUCUUAGUUAUAGCUUUAGCUUUUACGCUAGUUUCGGGCGAGGGUUGGACCGAAUUUAAAACGAAAGUCAACGAAUUUUCAGAGCACUGCGUGAAUUCCACCAACGUCGACGAUGAAUUAGUCGUGAAAUCGAUGAUGGGUGAGUUCGUCGAUCAUCCGAAAUUCCUGGACUACACUUUCUGCAUGGCCAAAGAGAUGGAAUUCAUGGACGAAGAUGGAAAGUUUGCGGAGAAGAACUUCUUGACGCACCUUCUGGACUAUUUCAAGACGAUGUUGAAUGGUUGCGUUGUCGAUGCGGAGAAGGAGACGGGCGGCGAGAAGAGAUCUUUCAAAUUCGUCAAAUGUUUGAUCGCAAUCAUCGAUAACAAUUUAAAUAUGACUGAAAUAUAAAGAGAUUUUCAAUCUUCACUUUGAGAAUACAACAGUAAUGUUAUUUGAAUAAAUAAACUUAUAUUAUUAUG